GCUCUUCACUUCUUGGGGGCUUUUUAAAACAGCGCCACUGGGGUCUUCUCCAUGCGGCUCGUGCUAUGACAGCCUCCGUGCUCCUCCACCCCCGCUGGAUCGAGCCCACCGUCAUGUUUCUCUACGACAACGGCGGCGGCCUGGUGGCCGACGAGCUCAACAAGAACAUGGAAGGGGCGGCGGCGGCGGCGGCGGCGGCAGCGGCGGCUGCGGCCGGGGCCGGGGGCGGGGGCUUCCCCCACCCGGCGGCUGCGGCCGCGGGGGGCAACUUCUCGGUGGCUGCGGCGGCCGCAGCGGCCGCGGCGGCCGCAGCCAACCAGUGCCGCAACCUGAUGGCGCACCCGGCGCCCCUGGCGCCCGGCGCUGCGGCCGCCUACAGCAGCGCGCCCGGGGAGGCGCCCCCGUCGGCCGCCGCCGCCGCUGCCGCCGCCGCCGCCGCUGCAGCAGCGGCGGCGGCGGCGUCGUCCUCGGGAGGACCGGGCCCGGCGGGCCCAGCGGGCGCUGAGGCCGCCAAGCAGUGCAGUCCCUGCUCGGCGGCGGCGCAGAGCUCGUCGGGGCCCGCAGCGCUGCCCUACGGCUAUUUCGGCAGCGGCUACUACCCUUGCGCCCGCAUGGGCCCGCACCCCAACGCCAUCAAGUCGUGCGCGCAGCCCGCCUCGGCCGCCGCUGCCGCCUUCGCGGACAAGUACAUGGACACCGCCGGCCCCGCGGCCGAGGAGUUCAGCUCCCGCGCCAAGGAGUUCGCCUUCUACCACCAGGGCUACGCGCCCGGGCCUUACCACCACCAUCAGCCCGUGCCUGGCUACCUGGAUAUGCCGGUGGUGUCGGGCCUCGGGGGCCCCGGAGAGUCGCGCCACGAGCCCCUGGGUCUUCCCAUGGAAAGCUACCAGCCCUGGGCGCUGCCCAACGGCUGGAACGGCCAAAUGUACUGCCCCAAAGAGCAGGCGCAGCCUCCCCACCUCUGGAAGUCCACUCUGCCCGAUGUGGUCUCUCAUCCCUCAGACGCCAGCUCCUACAGGAGGGGGAGAAAGAAGCGUGUCCCUUACACCAAGGUGCAAUUAAAAGAACUCGAACGGGAAUACGCUACAAACAAAUUCAUUACCAAGGACAAACGGAGGCGGAUAUCAGCCACCACGAAUCUCUCCGAGCGGCAGGUUACAAUCUGGUUCCAGAACAGGAGGGUCAAAGAGAAAAAAGUUAUCAACAAACUGAAGACCACUAGUUAAUGGAUUAAAAGUGGAGCUAGAGGGCAACUUGAAGAAAUGCUUCAGAACUCGUUGCUUUGUCCAGAUAAUGAUUAUAAUGCUAAUAAUAAUUGAAGAAUGGGAAAGAGAAAGAGAGAUACUGGCAUUUUGCUUUCCUAAGGGGGAUCUUUUUCUCCUGUGGAAUCUACAGUUCUUUUAAAACUUUACUUUAAGAAAUGGUAAAGACUGCCAGUUCUCCCGCCAACCCCACCAGACCGUUAAAUGACAAACUCUAGAGUCAAACAUCAACCCUGAAAUACGCAAUUUCAGAUAAGUUACACAUUUACUGAAAUCUUGUAAGUAUUUAUGUGACCGUUAUAUUUUAGGACACUAUGUUAUAUGAUAAUAAUCCGAAAGUUGGUUACAAAUGCAAGAGGCUGUUGUAAACAUAUGCUUGUCCUUGGGUCACCAUCACCAUCCCCUUUGCAUGUUAAGUGACUGCUCAGGUAAAUCUUAGUGAAAGUCCUACCAUUGUUGUAUAUUCUGCAAAACAUGUCAUGUAUAGAUUUAGAAAGGAAAGGAGAAGAAGGUACUGAAAUAAUGAUCUUGGACUAUUUACUAUGAAGGGGCAAAGGGAGAGAAAGCUCUUCCGAGGAUCAUUUGUCUUGGUAGUAAAUACAACCAGCUGAGUGAGCCUUUGAGGCUACAGGGGAACCCCAGGUUGGGAAUGUCCUUCUGAUAAUAAUUUUUACUUGCUUAUGACAAGAUUUUUUGUGGCAUUUCGACAAUAUUUUCCGCCCCAAUAUAAUCUACUUUUCAAAGGAUUUGAUAGCUUUAAAAAAUAUUUAAAGCAGCAGAUAAUUCACAGAAUUCACUUUGUGUCAGAUCUCCUGAGAGGUCCUACCCUAACAUGGUGGCCUUUGGUUUGAAUACAAUUAAUUUUUCAUUUAAAUUGAUAUUUCCCAAUACUUACUAAACAUAUUGCUGGAGAAAUAAUUUUCCUUUUUUAUUUUUUAGAAAAGUCAGAAUGGAAAUCCAUUCCCCUGAGACAGUUAGAUGUUUACUUUCUAUAUUUUGAUCUAUUAAGGGAUUAGUAUUUUUUCCUUGUUUAUUGUGUUAUGAGACUGCAUUAGAAAGUUUAGGGAUUCAUCUUCACAGCACAUCUUUAAUCAAGCAGUUAUUUCAACCAGCACAUUCAUUUUGUUCAUAUUCACUAUAAAAUGCUAUCUUGUAAAUAAAGACAUUCAGCACACUGUGAAAAUGUAUUUGUGCACCUGCUUUUCAAAUAUUUCUACUAAAAAUAAUAGUAAAAAAAACCCCAACUUAGACCUGUAGAUAGUUGAUAUAGUGGUAUUAAUUAUGUUAAUAAAAUAGUCACUGCCAUUAAAAUCUGAAGGAAAUACUCGUUAUUUUCCUAUGCUAAACAUGCACUGCACAGAAAGAAAAGGAGCAGGUUUGUCCUAUACAAACCAAGGACCAUUCUUUUCUAUUAUUAUUCAGUUUUGUUUUGUUUUGUUUUUUUGGCUACAAAUUUUUCAGGCAAAAGGAGAAAUCCCUCACAACUAAAAUCCUAAAAAUUUAGAUAAGUGCUUCAAGAAGGUUAAAGUGUCAGGUAUUCUAAAAGGGAGAGAAAAGAAAGGAGGAAGAGAUAAUAUAAAUUCCCAGGCUCCCUGUGGAAAAUGAAAACCAGUUGUUUAGUAUCAGCGAUGCCCAGGCUGUCGUAUUUUAAAGUCUGCUGUUGGGUCUGCAUGUGUCUGAGAGGGCAGGUUUUGAUAUUUGUUGAAAUGACAGGACUAGGAAAGGCCUUAAACCUUGACCUUGAUGAAAAAAAGACAAUUUGUGACCUUGACUUUUGACAGCUCAUGAAUUGGCCUCGGCUGGAUUAGUAGAUCAAGGGCGCCACCUCGCGUUGACAAGCUUCCUUGUAAUUCUUCAGCUUCAAGGGAAUCAAAAGGUCUUACCUCCUUGACUCCUUGUUUUAGAGAUUUAGUACUCAUUUCUUUGGCUCCAGAUGGAGCAAAUUUGAAUAUAUGUAAGUUAUACAUGUGCCUGUAUAUAUGUGAAUAUAUAUCAUAUGUGUAUACAUGUAUGCAUUUGCAUAUCAGUGCUUGUGUGUGCUUGUAUAUGUAUUUUUAGAAUCUGUACAGAUGUAGUAUCAUUAAUUACUGAUGA